UUCAUCUCCAGCCCCAACCUCAUCAUCAAAUCCAUCUUCCAAUCACUCACACGCAAAAGCCCCAAACCCUCCCCCCUUCCCCCGCGCUCCUCCUCCUCCUCCGCAGCAGACGCCUCCAGAGAAGAGCAGUGGCGUCUAGCCGUCGCGGAGCUCUCCCACAAGCUCAUCCAAGCCACCAAGAAGAAAGAAGACGCCGUCGUCGAAGCCUCCCGCCUCAAAACCUCCAUGUCGGAGCUCGAGAAGAAGCUCAACAAGCUCGAGAUCUACUGCCACAACCUCAAGUCCGGCCUCGACGAGUGCAGCAACAAGACGAAACAGAGCAACGUCCCUGUUCGGUUCAACGAACGGAUCAUCCAGCAGUUCCUCGUCUCGGUGUCGGAGUCCCGCUCCUCCAUCAGGGCCCUGAGCAGAGCCCUCGCCUCGCAGCUGCGCACCGUCGGCGGGAAAGUCUACGAGCGGCUCUCCCUCCUCCUCCAGCCUUUCGACGUAAAGAUCAACUCUUUCGCCAAGAACCCUAAAAGCCUCAUCUUUUACCUCGAGGCCAUCCUCAGCAGAGCCUUCUUCGAGGACUUCGAGGCUUCCGGGUUUCUGAAGAACGGGUCCACCCGGAUCUUGAACCCGAUCGAUCGAUGCGAGUCGAACUACGCCUCGUUUAACGUCUUGAUGGAGCUCACGUGGGACGAGGUGUUGAGCAGAGGGACCAAGCAUUUCUCCGAGGAGUUUAGCCGGUUCUGUGACCGGAAGAUGAGCGACGUCGUUUCUUUGCUUUGCUGGAACCGUGCCUGGCCUGAACCGCUUUUACAGGCUUUCUUUGGUGCGUCGAAGAGUGUUUGGUUGGUUCAUCUAUUGGCUAACUCGGUGAACCCGGGUCUGCAGAUCUUUCGAGUGGAGAAAGAUGAUCGGUUUGAUCCGGUUUAUAUGGAGGAAACUGGUGGGGACCGGUAUAAGAGUGUGGUUCGAGCUAUGGUUCAACCUGGGUUUUAUGUGUAUGGCAGUGUAGUUAAGUGCAAGGUGGUUUGCAAGCAUUGCGGCAGCGACGAGGAGGAAGUGGUGGAAGACCGUUUGGUCAAGGAAUGUAAUAAAAACGACAAGAGUCUAAUAAGCAUUUGUAGCCCAUUAGGAGUCUAGGUUACGUUGGUUAAAGAGUUAUAAUAUUGGUGAUUUUUGUUUUGCAAGCUUGUAAAUUAAAAAAAAUUGGAAUGAUAUUUGAAAAAACUGGUUCUUUUGAAAAUAACGUUUACAAAUGAAUACUUAUUUUGUUGG